GAAAAAGUCACUUUAUCGAGUUUCAGGUUUACUAAACGGUUCCGUUGCAUUAAAAAGCAAAUAUUCGCUUUGUGUCAACACCAAAUAAUAACAGAAACCACCGUUUCCAUUUUUUCUCAAACUAAUUGCUUUAUAACGCUGAAAAUCGCACCAACUUGGUUCAUUCAAAACACCAUGCUCAAACCCCUCAUAUUCAAUUUAAUCAUUUUAUUUUACCCAACCUUCUCGACCAACAACCGCUCAUCCAAAUUUUUUGGUGUCGGUUUGGUCCGUUUCGAAAACAGCGUUUGCACUUCUGCUAGCAACAACCUCGGCACUUGCUACACCCGCUGGCAAUGCCAGAACGUCGACGGCGUCGCUUCCGGCUCUUGUGCGCAAAACAUCGGCGUCUGCUGCGUCAUCACACGACAAUGUGGUGAAACUACGAGGUAUAACAACACGUAUUUCAGUAAUGACGAGUUUCCCAACCCUUCGACCGAUGGCACCACUUGCACUUUGACCAUACAGAAGUGCAACGACGAUAUUUGUCAAGUCCGUAUUGACUUCCUCAACUUAAAUCUGGCCCAACCGAACCCACAAGGCGUUUGCGAUACCGACGCUCUGACUAUCACAGGGGGCGCAGCCCCUGUGCCCGUCAUUUGCGGCGAAAACACCGGUCAACACGUUUAUGUCGAUUUUAACGGCAAUAACACCAUUCAGCUCACUGUUAUGACAUCAAGUGGGGACAGUAUAGGGCGGAAUUGGAAUUUUUUGAUCACUCAAAUCGCCUGCGAUUGCCCCACUAGAGCCCCCAUUGGGUGUCUAAUGUACUACACAUCGCUCUCUGGUACCGUCAACAGUUUCAAUUAUGGUACUUCCACCAACGAAAUUGACCCAAAUACCGGACUUCCGGGUACCCGUGAACUAGUAAACGAGAACUACGGGGUUUGUAUCGCCAUGGUUCCGGGGUACUGCUCCAUUGAAUGGAGCGCGACGUCGGGUAAUUCUUUUGUAGUUUCCGGGGAUUUGGGUGCUUUAGGAAUGGUGAGUUUGACCGGAUCGGACUGUAAUUCCGAUUUUGUUGUGAUUCCGGACCCUUCGUACGUUAAUGGUACUCCAGUCAAUUCGGAUCGGUUCUGUGGUACCGCUUUUCCGUCGGUUGUUACAAGCUCAAAACCGUUCGUUUUAACGGUUGUCACAAACGGGAAUGAAAUAAAUGACACACAAAACAGAGGAUUUUCGUUGAAUUUUAUGCAAAGGAGGUGUUCAACAAUCACGACUUAAGUGCUCAUUUUCAGUGUUGCCAGAUCAAAAAAUGAAAUUCACCAGAUCCGAGUUGAAAUAUUUGCCAAAUUUACACCAAAUUACGAUUUGUAUGAUAAAAUCUCGCAAAAAAACGCUUAAACAUCUGCUUAAACUUUUGAAAAAAGCAAAAAUGACAUGCUUUUCGGCCUAAUUUUGUGAUUUUUCAACAAAAUUUUGCGAAAUGAUUGCGUUUCUGGCUGAAAAACAGCUAAAACGCUAGAAAAAAUAAUAUAAUUUUAGACUUAGUUUCUUGAUUUUUUAGUUUGUCUUAGCGAAAUCUAGUGACAAACCCGAGGUUUUAGAAAACGUGCUUAAAAGCAUUUUCGGACAAAUUUUGUAGUUUCUCGGCUUUAUUUUGUCUUAAUUUUUAUGAUAUCAAUUUCGAUUUAAUUUUGUAACUUUUUGUGUUUUUAUCUCUCAAAAACAUCCU